GACUGUUUACACAGUUACAACACCGGAAGUUUCCUUUGACUGCAUAGAGAGCGUGAUGUGUUGGAGUAUUGUGUAGCAAGCGGGAUCUCUUCGGCUAAACAUCCACACGGUGGAGUAUUUAAGCCCCACGUAGCUCUUGAAGUCGAUGAUAAAGCAGCAGAAUGUUCGCGGGGUUGCCUGAGCUGGGGAUCUCCAACGGAGAGGACCUGAAAGAGACGCUCACCAACUGCACGGAGCCGCUGAAAGCCAUCGACCAGUUCCAGAUGGAAAAUGGCAUCCUGCUGCCAACCCUCCAGUCUGCUCUUCCCUUCCUUGAUCUACACGGAACCCCUCGGCUGGAGUUCCACCAGUCCGUCUUUGACGAGCUUCGGGAAAAGCUGAUGGAGCGAGUCGCCACCAUUGCAGAGGGCAAGGACGAGGACAGAUAUGGGAAGCUUGAGGAGCUGCUGGAGAAGAGCUUUCCCCUUGUCAAAAUGCCGUCCAUUCAGCCAGUGGUAAUGCAGGUGCUGAAGCAUCUACCCAAGGUGCCAGAGAAGAAACUGAAGAUGGUGAUGGCUGACAAGGAACUGUACAAGGUGUGUGCGGUGGAGGUGAAGAGGCAGAUCUGGCAGGACAACCAGGCUCUGUUUGGAGAUGAAGUGUCGCCUCUCCUAAAGCAGUACAUUGUGGAGAAGGAAGCCGCUCUGUUCAGCAGCGACCUCUCCAUCCUGCACAAUUUCUUCAGCCCCUCCCCCAAAGCGCGACGCCAAGGCGAGGUGGUCCUAAAGCUGACACAGAUGAUCGGAAAGAACGUGAAGCUGUACGACAUGGUGCUGCAGUUUUUAAGAACGCUCUUCCUGCGAACGCGAAAUGUCCACUACUGCACGCUGAGAGCAGAGCUGCUGAUGUCUCUUCACGACCUGGACAUCAGUGAGAUCUGCUCUGUGGACCCCUGCCAUAAGUUCACUUGGUGUUUAGACGCCUGCAUCCGUGAGAAGUUUGUGGACGGCAAGCGAGCCAGAGAGCUGCAAGGUUUCCUGGAUGGAGUGAAGAAAGGACAAGAGCAAGUCCUCGGGGACCUGUCCAUGAUCCUGUGUGACCCGUUUGCAUGCAACACCCUGGUUCUGAGUAUCAUGAGGAACCUGCAAGAACUGCUGAGUCAGGACGCUUUACCCAGGGACAGUCCGGACCUGAUGCUGCUGCUGAGGAUGCUGUCACUGGGUCAAGGGGCGUGGGACAUGAUUGACAGCCAGGUCUUUAAAGAGCCUCGUUUGGACUUGGAGGUGGUGACCCGCUUCCUGCCUGCCAUGAUGUCAGUGGUUGUUGAUGAUCACACCUUCACUGCAGAAAACAAGCUCCCCGGUGAGGAGAAGAGCUCGUUGUCUUACCCCACCACCCUGCCGGAUGCCUUCAGCAGGUACCUGCAGGAGAACAGAGUGGCCUGUGAAAUGGGUCUCUACUACGUCCUCCACAUCGCCAAGCUGAGGAACAAGAACGCCCUGCAGAGGUUGCUACCUGCCCUGGUGGAGACCUACAAUGACAUGGCCUUUGGUGACAUCUUCCUGCACCUGCUGACCGGACACCUCACCCUGCUGUCUGAUGAGUUCGGAUCGGAAGACUUCUGUUCAGUAGUUUUCGAUGGCUUCCUUCUUACUUCUUUUUCCAGUAAAGAGAACGUGCACAGACACGCCCUCCGGAUGAUGCUGCAUCUACAUCACAAAGUGCUGCCGUCGUGUCGGGAAACCUUGGUGAAAACUCUUGAACCUCCAAAACAGAGCAGCGAGCCAGUGAAGGAGCUCUACACUCAGCUAACAGAGAAGCUGGACGCCCAGAAGAGGAGCCCUCCACCACCAGAUGAAGCUCCAUCCCUGGACCUGGGGCUGCAUCCAGUGACUGUCCCCACUGCUGCCUCCACCCCAGCCACGCCUCUCUGAGGCCCAGCAGGACACCACAGGUCUCCGUCAGUGACUGGCUGUAAAUACAGCCACCAGCUGGCUCACAUUGUUCAAAGAGACGAGACAUUUCACAUUCUGCUUUGAUCUGUGAUUGUUCAUGGAGGUUUAUUAUCUUUAGAUGUUUGUCUGAGAGGCUCUUCCAGCUCCGACAUGUUUUUCUAAACGUUGUUUUUGCAGUAUUGGCAGAAUAUACAUUCUCGUCGUACUUCAUAUGUAAAUCAGUGUGUGAAUUGUGACCGUUGUGCAACAAACCUGUAAAUAAAUGAUUAUUUAGAAAUGCAAAGUGGUGUCAUUGUGUUCCAGCCCAAGUGACGAGAUGCAGUCCAUCUUACUGCAGCACCUCUGUACAGAUGUAGUCACUUGAUGAGGAACACUUGACUAUGAUGUCUGGUUUCUAUAGACCUCAAUGGGCCACACAUGUAGGCAGUGUGUCUUACUAGGCUCUACAUACUGAAGACAACUUUAACACUGAAGUGCUCAUAUCUAAAUGAAUCUAAUGCAACCAGCGUCCAUAGAUUCACACUAAGUUAUGGUCUGUAUGAACCAUAUAUAGAAGAUGACAGGAAACCUCACUUUAGGUGUGGUAAUGAAUAAACAAAACAUGGAACAAGUCAACAGGAUGAACAUUUUUAAUGAGAACUGCUCAUUUGAACCAGAAGUGUGUGUAGCUGCAGGAUAGACUCAUUAAACUACACACAGCCUACUGUCGUCUUCUGACCAUUCAAAGGGCUCGAACACCAGAUGUUCAGUGACAGAGGUCAGUGCUUUAUUGGAGCUGGGCCAAACUGAAAAGAUUUACUGCACACCUGCGUACAAAUCCAGUGACUUGAACUUUGAAGGGUCUGGUGUCUGUAGUCCAUUAGGUGAUCCAUGGCAGCUACUGUACAGUGUGUAGUGUGAACAAGGAACAGUGACGGGCUCUCCACCACCACCAUUAAAUAACAAUUGAGGAGGAAUCGUUUGGAAGAACGCUGCUCAUCAUCCACACUUUAGAAUCUAUGACAAUCACUCACUCAAAUAUUUGAAUUACACCUUUCAUAUGGUUCAUUGCCAUUCAAAGUGUUUUACAGAUGACCGACAAGCUGACAAGACUCUUAAUUGACUGAAGUUUUUUCCUUAUUUUUAAGGUUGAUUUUUAAGGACAUUACCAUUCAAAUUAAUAUAGCGGAAUAGUCAGAGCGGGGGACAUUUGUAUGUGUAUAUUGGGGCCGUUGUAGCAGUGGAGUUGUAACUUUACAAACUGCAGAGAGCAGCAGUAAAUUAGUCAAAUUUAGGAACCCAACGCUUUGUCCACACUAGUCAGUGUAGAAAUCAAAAUGCUUAUUUUCUGUAACCAGUGCAGCAUUAAAGCAUCGUGGAAUUUGCCAGUUAGCUAACUCAAUUCCCUAACAUGCAGAGACAACCAAAGACAACCUAAUCUUAGAGAUGCUGUACGUACCCAGCAGGUGGACAAAAUAACAGGAACACUGUACAAUCAGUGGCGGCUGGCUGAUAGAG